AGAGGAGGAGAAGGCUACAACGUUCUGGUUUUCAUAACAGCAUCCCCCUCCAGUAGGGCUGAGGCAUGGGCGGAGUUUGACAAACUAAAAUAAACACUGACACGCAUUAUCUUGCGAGUAUGUGCAGCCUCAGAAGCACAGUCUGCAACAGCUAGAAGGACAAGGACAGCUUAAAAUCUCAGCCAAGAUGAUCAAAUCCUUCAAGCAAACGUUUCUGUCCCUGGAUCUGCAGUCCCCACGGUGGAGCACAGCAGAGACAAUGGCAAAGGAUUACGAACUGCGUCAGUAUGAGACAGCAAAGUGGGUCAGCACAGUCAUCAGGGGAGAGACUCAGAAGGAGGCAAUGCGCCAGGGCUUCUGGAAACUCUUCCACUACAUCCAAGGGAAGAAUGAGAAAGAAAUGAAGAUUGAUAUGACUGUGCCAGUGACAUGCCUGAUAAAAUCUGGCUGUGCAGACUUCAAGAUCUCCUUCUUUGUGCCCUUUGAACACCAGGACUCUCCCCCCCAGCCCACCGACUCAGAUGUGUUUGUUGAAGAGCGGAAGGCAGCAGCCAUCUUUGUCCGGUCCUUUGGUGGAUUUGCCUCACCAGAGAAAUAUGCUGAGGAAGCUCAAGUCUUGGCCAGAAUCUUAAGAAACAGAGGCCAACCCUUCCAUGACGACUUCUUCUAUACCGCAGGCUAUGACAGUCCCUUCAAGCUCUUUAACAGGCACAAUGAGGUGUGGUAUUUUAAAAAGUAAUGUGGUGGCAGGGAGGAAUAUUAAGAAGCUACUAAUCAGCCCUGAAUGGAACCAGAUCAUAUUAAUGGCUUUUGCUUUACUGCAGAAGAGAUUUAAUGUGCA